AAAUGCAGUGCGAGGUAAUGAUGGUUGGAAGCCAUUUUGUUAGUAUAUCCAAUUUUUUUUCUACGGUUAAAAGAAAAUACACCUAGUGACCUACUGAAGCAAAGGCUAGAGUGACUUGUUUCUAGAUAGGAUAAGAAUUUAUGAAAAUUCAUAAAAUUUGGGAAACAAAGACUCAUUUUGCUCCAAAUUGUGUUAUUUACUUCGUCCAAAGAUUGUAACUGAUGAUUCGCAAAUUGUAAAAGUCUUCAUAAAUAUCAAGCAAAAACUAAUAUGAAAUGGUCAGUUGUUCAGCAGCUCACUGUACAAAUAAUUCAACUCAAGGUUUCUAAUUUUAUAGAUUUCCAAAAGAUCCCAUUAAUUUAACGAAAUGGUUAAGAAACUGUGGUCGAUUCAACUGGCUGCCGACGCCAGGUUCGUGUUUAUGUGAGGUAUGGGAAGGUUUGUAAUAACUCGAAGGUACUGCCGUCGAUGUGAUUGAUUGUUUUGAAAGUGUGCGGAUUGUAGGUUAAGAGUUCCUCAGUAUUAAGGAGUGCUUGAAACGAAGAGAGUUUCAUAACUCAGGCUUUGUUACUCCUAAUACGAUAACUCGGCAUAUCAUACGUGUUUAUUAGGAAAUAAAGUGCAGUUUAUUUCUACCUUUAAUGAGUUCGAAAUACCCAGCGAUGACAUGACGAGACAAGUAUUGUGUUUGACAUGCCUUAUACUGUAACUACACUUUUAAAGACCUGUAAUACGAAAGUCAGCUGGAGUAUACAAGAGCGACUCCAUACGUAAUGGUUCACUUCGAUGACAAUCAGUUUGAAAACCAUCGAGCAGAUGGUUACAGGAGACUAAAACCUACUGCUGUGCCCACUUUGUUUACUCUGGAGAGAGGCCCCACAUCAUAUGGCAGACUACAGAGGACAGAUAAUAUUAAUAAUCAGCAGAGGAUGACAUUUGUGCAAGCUCGUAUUGAUGAAGUCAGAGACACAUUUCGAGGACGCCAGACAUCAACACGUGGGCGGAGACGUGGACGACCGAGGAAACGUCCAAAUGAUGAUCUCGACGAGUGGACUCCUGACAGACCACGUGCUGUGCGCGGCAGGAAACGUGGCAGACCACCUGCCGGAGGUGGAAGGGGAAGGCAGGCAGCGUCAGUGUCCCCUGUUCGAAAGGCUCCACGAGGCCGUGGUCGAGUGGCUAAUGAAAGACAACGACCGGGUCCAAAACCAAAGUUAGAAGGACCUGGGCCACCUCCAGCAGUUAUCACACCCGGGGGAAAAUGCUUUGUGUGCAGCAAAGCCGCUGGAUCAACAGGAUCGCCUCUCACAGCAGUUACAAACACUACAAAAAUCCAACUCCACCAAAAACUUGGUAGAGUUGUAGGAGCAGAGCUGGAUCUCAUUGUUGAUGAAGAUGGAGUACUUUGCCAUGGCUGCUGUCGUCUGCUGAACUACAUGGAUCGAAUUGAAGUGGAGCAUAGUAUGCUCACAAAAUCAAUUCUGAAUUGUAUGCGACGGACGUUUGGUUUUGGUUAUGUGCAAGGUGAUAACCGUAUGCCAGAAGCUGUUCUUGCCAGUAUAGAAGAUCGCAGCAAAAACUCCAUAAUUCCUGUGGAGAAGCAAGAUCCUGCUAUAGAUGUGCCUGAAAAGGAUACAUCAGGUGAUGUUGCGUUACAGAAUAAGACGGUGGCUCAAAGUGAUUCAGAUGAUAAAAAGAAAAAUGAAAUGCUACUUAUAGACAGAGUACCUGAGAAAAAGACUGAUGCUGAGCAGGAUAAGAAACAUUAUCACUGCAAAAUCUGCAACUUUGAAAGUAAACAUAAGUCAGUGUUCCUCUUCCAUUUGCAGAGACAUAUUCAAAGUAGUUAUAGGUGUGAUUUCUGCAAUGCAUUACUGCCCAAAGGAUUUAAAAUACUGGAUAGCAAGAAUGCAGAAACAAGCAACGGAGAAAUAGCUAACAAAAAUGAGGUCCUUCCACACACUGAAGCACCAGAAGUUCAAGCUACAAAAGAAGUGAAGGAUUAUGUGGAAACAAUGAUUGAAGAAUUACAUACCACAGGCAUCGUUACCACAAUGAAACCAGUAACCCCAGAAAAAUUUAAAUCCUCUUCGGAAAUACAGAUUGAUAAUGUACAUAAUAAAGAAACUGUUGUGGCAAGUACCCUAAGUGAAACUAAAGAUACAAGUGCUAUUUAUGAACAGCAGAGUGAGACCAGUGUUGAGCAAGGGACACUUAAUAUCCUUCUGACUUUCCCAAAUGAAAGAAGACAAAGUAUAUCAGUUCAUCACGAUGUCUCAAUAGAAAAUAAUUUCAGUAAUGAUGUAGUGGCAAGGCAGCUGAGAGAUAUAUUUGGAAACUUCAAUGAUGAGCCAAUGGAUGUAGAAGACAAAACUGAUAUGCCUGAGGAAAAGAAUGUAGGAAGUUUGAAUACAGCUUUUGUGAAAACUUUAGCUGAUGUUCCAUUGCUGGAAAAUAGUCCGUUAAUGGUUGUCAGUAAUAAUGAAAGUCAUAAACAAGAACAGAAUGAAGCAGGUCUAAAGAAAUUGACUACAGAAAAUCCAGAUUCUGAAAUAUGUGCAGAGGAGAUGGAUGUUGAGCCUGAAACUAGUUCCUGUAAUGAAGACACAGAAGAAAAAUAUCAAAAACAGUUGGCUUUACUGGAUGAAAUGGGUUUGAUAAUGUUACCCAAAAGGAUUCGGCCAUCCGCAUCCAAGCAGAGUGCUGAAACCGUUGUGAAAGGAAGUGACGAUUUGGUAGAGGAUAGUAGAGAUCGACAUUGGGGUGACCCGUGUCACACAGAAAACACUGUAAAGCCAAGUCAAGAACAUGAGGAUCAAAGCACUCAAGAAAAUGAAUUACAAGUCUUGAAGGAGCAGUCUCAAUGGCUGCCAGAAUCUCUUAAUCCUGUAGAAACAAUUUCAACCUCUACAGCAAGUGUUACAGUGCUAAUGGAAAGUGAUGCACAACUGCAGCCUGUUCAGACAACUGAAAAUGGAAAUGAGUGGUUGAAAUCAAAUGUCACACUUGUAAAUGAGAAUCCCCAUUGGCUCCAUCAAGCUGACAAUACGUCCACUACCACCGAUGGUGGUAGUGAAAUGACAGUGUGGACAAAUACUGCUAGUCACUCUGAUCCACCAGAAACACUUACAGUGGCAGAGACAGAAAGAAAUUGGUUGCUACCAGAAAAUCAGAUUUCUGAACCAGUUUGUACCAAUGUAAAGGAAACUGAAAUGGAAGGUGUCGAUACUAUUAGAGACACACAUGUUUGGGACCCAGCACAGAAUGGUAACACAGACAAUGGUGGUGAUAUUUCCACGAAAAGCGAUGAGUUGGGUGGUAAUAUGAACAGUGAUAGUCCUGCCAGCAACAACGGAGAAGGUGUUACCAGCACAACUACUGUUCCUGAAAGUGAAGUUACCAACAGUAAUAUGUCACUCAUUGAAGUAGAAAAUGAAAAAAGGGCAGAGAAUUUGCUCAGUAACAAGCAAUGUGUCAAGGUUGAUAAGGAAGACAUCAAGGACAGUGUAAAAAGUUUACAUUCAGAUCCAGCUGAGCAAAAUACUGUUGAAGAGCCUUCUUCCCCUAUGCAAGAUGUUGAUGACGAAGUGAUUACACAUAGUGUGGAAACAGUGAUUUUAGGCAGCACUCGUCAGGCUGAACUGAGUGCACAGGAACACCUAAGUACGGUGUUUGUAACUGACAAUGUACAACUUGAGACAGCUACAUCAGGACAAGCUGUUAGCCCCAAUAAACAGGAAUAUACUGAUGAUACUGCCUCAGCAGACAGUUGUGACGUGAAACAAUUUGACUUUCGAACAUCAGAGACAGACCUGUGUAGUGAAGGAGGAAACAGUGUUGAGGCUGAAGAAGUCAUGUCCAGUAUUAGUAUCAAGGAAGAUGAUGAUCAUUCCUCACAGGUAAAAGAGUUGGAGGACACAGGCAGUAUCAGUAGUGUAGUGCCACAGUCUGAACUUAAAGUGUAUAGUGACAAAAGUGAUAUCAUCAUGACAUUGGUUGAAGGACAGAGUGAUGUUAAUGAAAGUAGUACUGAAUCUAAUUUUGAGAGUGUAAAAAGAUAGAACUGCAAUGUUAGAAAGUAUCCAUUGUUAAUGUACAAAGAAUUUUUGUGUCAAAAACAUAUUUUACAAAUGAAUUGUAUUCAUUGUUAUAUUAAGUAUCUGCCUCUGGCUAUAUUUGUUUAUAUAUGUAUAUAAUCUGUAAAUAAUGAGUGUUGAAAUUAAAAGCAUAAAAUUUUCACAAGAAUAAAAUUAAUUUGUAUACUG